UGUGGAACCUACUAUGAGUUAUUGGCUAAUUCAGGAGCUUUUGCGGAAUUCCUACAAACGUACACAUCAGAAAAUCAUUCAGUUAAUUCGUCAGGUAACUGUUUUGUUUUGUUGGGAUACUGCUGUUUUUAGAACGCAAAGAAUAAUCUCUUACUUUCUACUGCUUCCAGCAGAUUCUGAAUGGUCUUUAAAAAGAAGUGUUUCUAGGACAAGCACAACCGAUGUUAAAGAAAUCAAGGAUAUUGACGAUGAAGAGGACGAUGAAACGGGAAAGAUUAUUAACAAGGAGAGAUCAGAGACUGGGAGGGUAAGGCUCUUUAUAUAUGGA